GUUGAAUACGAAAUUAUGAAAACGAAAUGGCCUUAAAUCGUUUACGUGAAAAUAUUCUAAUAAUUUUUAUUUGUCUCUUGAACUUACAGCGUUAAUGGAAACAUCAAUCAUCAAACGAGCUUAAAUUUAAUUAUAAAUCUCAAAAUUGAAUUAACUAGACAAUCUUAAACAUUUCAUACUCAUAAACAUUCCAUAACAAACAAAAAAAAAGAAAGAAAAAAUGUUGCCAUCAAAUGUAAUGUCCUUUAUGAAGAAGAUGGUUGCUCAAGAAGAGAAUCAACCUCAUCAGAGCACCAAUGAAAAUUCCGGAACAACGUUUGGAAAAUUGAAGCAAACCCUUUCUUCUUCUUUACUAACCGCUCAAGAUAAAGUAAAUAAAAUGUCUCCACGACCAUCUUUAAUCCCUGAUGCAGUUGAAAAGAUUGAUACUUCUACUUUUUCACCUCCCGAUGUUGUGGAAAAAGAAAGUGAAUCGUCGAUUAAUCAAAAUCUUGAAAAAAAUGAGCCUAACAAAACAGCGAAUCGAGCUAGUUCAUGUAGAGUGUGCUUAAAGUCAUUUAAACCUGACGACUUUAGCAAAACAUGCUUCGAAUGUAAAUAUAGAGUUUGUGAAGAUUGUGCAAGUUACAGUAAAAUGGAUAGUGCAGAAGAUUUGAACACUUGGCGCUGUAGCGUGUGUCGUCGGAAAAUGUCAUCGCGUAUAUGUAUUCCCCAAGAUUCUACUGAUUCGAAUCUAGAUGUGCCUGUUUUAGAAGCUUUACAACGACGGCACUCGGAUGCUAAACUUAACACAAAUGUUGUCAACAGUCAAAUCGGCCUCGUUCCCCCAAGAAGUCCCGAGUUGCGUCGUCAUUCUGAUGUAUCUCCUGCAUCGUUAAAAGAACUCGAAAAACUCAAAGGAGGUGGAUCGUCAAAGAAUAAUAAUAACAAUAAUAAUGAAAGUGAGUGGGAUAAUAUCAAAAGCAAUAUACCGAGUCGUAUUGAGAUCGAGCCGCCUACAAGAGCCGGCUCCAGACGUCAAUCGAUUCGUGUAUCGAGACAGCACAGCUAUGACGACGAUAUCCAGAAAAAUGCUAUCGCAAACAUGAAUUCGGAAAUAGAGUUGAACUUAGGAUUGCCCGGACAAAUUCCAAGAAGAAAAUCAGCGUAUGAUGUCUUUGGUGGUAUUCAAAUGAUGCCACCAAAUCAACAACAAAAAUCAUCAGAUAUUGAUAAGUCAACAGGUUCCAGACGUUCUUCAUUUCGCAUUCCAGCUCAAGAUGAUUUUGAGAAGGAUGAAUCACCAAGCCCUGACAACGGGCCAACUCUUCUUAUCGAUGACGAUAGACGGAUAAGAAGACGUGGAUCACAAUUGCCCGACAUCUCUGCGUUGAGGGAAAGAGGUGUACUUGGUGUCACAACCACACAAGGGACAUUGUCUGUAAAUCCUAUAAAUCCAUAUCAAGGCCCAGCUUUAGAAGAUUUGGAAGCUCCUAAAAGGCAAACAUCUUUGGAUGGUGAAGCCAUUAAAAUUGUUAUACACGAUGUAGAUUCGGGACCUCUUUGUGCUUCAAAAAGACGAAUAAUUUUGAGGCGUGAUCCAAGUGAUAAAGCGCAUAGGACUAGAGGUUUUGGAAUGAGAGUUGUCGGAGGAAAAACUGGUGCUGAUGGAAAACUCUUUGCCCACAUAGUUUGGACAGUUCCAGGUGGACCGGCCGAGAAAGGAGGCCUACAACAAGGUGAUAAAAUUUUGGAAUGGUGCGGUGUGUCGUUAGUUGAUCGGAGUUUUGAAGAAGUUUGUUCGAUCAUGGAUAGAACAGCAGAUAUCGCUGAACUUUUAGUUGAACAUGCAUCAGAUUUUAGAAUGUGUGAUUUACUAGAAGAUAACAAUUCACAGCAAGCUGCUUUGAGUUCACAAGGGAGUUUAAACAAUCCAACUAUUACUUUAAAUCAAAGGAAAAACAGUGAUGUCGGCCUAAUUGCUGAACCUGAAAACAACGAAAAGUCUCCUGCAUCCCCCACUCGCAGAAAACUUCCAAAAACUCCGUUCAGGAAUAAUAAUCUUCAAUAUGCAAAUCAGGAACAAAUUGCAAAGGAAAAGCAAGUCAGUGGAAGGGUUCAGAUUCAAGUUUGGUAUCAUGACGAUCGUAAUGAGUUGGUCGUCAACUUGUUAGCUGCUGAUGAUUUAGCACUUCGAGAUGAACAACUUGGAUAUGGAAUGUUACCUGAAGCUUAUGCUAAAGUGGAAAUCUUUCCCAAGAUUGGCGAAGGUCAUCAUGGACAUCAAACUGAAGUAUCAAUUCCUAAUCAAAGCCCGAUAUGGAAUGCGACAAUAACUUUCGACAUUGGCAGUGGACAAAAUCUUAUUGACCGUUGCAUUGAAAUUCAGCUCUGGGAUUUAGUUCCACAAACGGAGUCGGUUUUUCUUGGUGAAUGCACGGUAGAUUUACAGAAAGCAUUUCUUGACGACAGAGCUGUUUGGUAUCGAUUGGAAGACCCCAAAAAUUUGCGAAUGCAAACAUUAGCGAAAUGUAAUAUUUCCUUCAAUAUUUCUCCAAGAGGCUCAACGACAAUGUUGUCAGGCGAUGUCUCACGUUUCAUUCGACGAAAUGACUACAGCUUUCAACGAUCAAUAUCUGAUGACUGUGAUUCAAUCGGUGAAAGCACAUCUUUACUUCAUCCAGAUCACGCAUGGUUUGGAUCGUCUCGUCGUGGAAGUUCACAAUCUGAAACUCUUGAGAUUGAAACGUAUCAACUUGGAAAAGAUUUUUCAAAAUCAUUGCCGGGUUCACGACGUUCAUCUUUUCAAGAUCAAGAAAAGAAAAGCGGAGAAGCAACGCCAAUAAAUUUGAGUAAUCGCCGAAGAUCAUCAACAAUGAGAAAAGAUCCUGACGAGAUUUUACGUUCUUUAAAAGCAGUCAGAGGUGAACUUGGAAGAACAAUGAGUCUCUCAAGAGAAACUGAAUAUAAUCGAACGACAAGGCGUCAAAGCAGAGUGCACAGAGAUUCAAUUACGAAUUUUCAUGAUCCAAAUGUUUAUGAUGAAAGUUGGAGAGGAUCUUCAAGCAGCUUCCAACAAGCAUCUAGUAGUGAUUUGAUUUUAGGCCCUGGCCAGAGAAAACCGCAUUAUCAUCUGACAUAUUCCAAAUACGGCGAUCUCUUUCUCGAAUUUAAAACUUCACGAUCACUGGUGGAAAUGCGAAUCAUGAGAGCUCGAAACUUACUUUUUAAUUAUGCUGAUGCUCCUGACACUUUUGUUGAAUGCUACAUCAAAGAUGGGAUGAAUGAGAAAAUACGUCAAAGGAAAAAGACUGCCAUAAUUCGUCAAAAUGUCAAUCCAGAUUACAAUUAUGUUUUAACAUAUACGAUGAGUGAUAUUUAUCGACGGUCAUUGAUUUUUAUUGUUUGGCAGAAGGCAAGUGGCUUUGAAAGUAGCAUCGCAAUAGGUGCAGUUGAAAUCUACUUUGGAAAGUUUAACAUUGAUCAAAGUUAUUCUGGAUGGUAUCCACUGUUUCCGACAUUUUCCAUGGGACUUUCCACCCGAAAAGACUUACCCUGACUGAACAAUCUUCAUAAUGCCCAAUUAAAUUAUAUUUUAAGGGCUAGUUUGGAUAUGAUAGAUUCAAUGAACUUAAUUAGGAUGAAGUACAACCGAUUAACAGAAAUCUUCUUGACUGUUUACUCGACUUUAUCAUAGUUUAUUAUAGUAAAUAGAAACAUUUGAAUAACCGUUGAUAUUGUAGAAACUCGAAGUGAUUGUAACCCCAUAUGUCUCAGUAAGAAUUCUUCUGCUUGAUAGCCUUACUGAGUACAUCAAUAACUGCUUUACUCUGUUGACAUUUCAUAUCAGAAAUCAGAGG